AUGUCACUACCAUGGGACUACAUCGCGAAGCUCGUCUGCAUCGGUGAUUCAGGGACGGGCAAGUCUAGCUUGUCUAUACGACUUUGCGAAGGGCGAUUCUCACCAACCCACGACGUGACCAUCGGCGUCGAAUUCGGCUCGCGCGUAGUCCCAGUCGGUCCUCCAGCAUCUAAGAGUCUCGACAUUGAUGGAGAUAAUGCCACCAGCACACCAUCGCAUUCACAAUCCCCACUCAAUGGUGCCCCAGAAAAGAAGGACUCAACACAAAAGAAAAUGAAAUUGUCCCUAUGGGACACCGCAGGCCAGGAAACCUAUAAAUCCGUCACUCGAUCAUACUUCCGCGGCGCAUCCGGUGCCUUAUUAGUAUUCGACAUCACUCGUCCGUCCACAUUCGCUUCCGUGACGGGCUGGCUCCAUGAUCUCCGCCAAAUAGCCGAGGAAGGCAUCGUCGUGGUCUUGGUGGGCAACAAGUGCGAUCUCGCCAGCGACGAGAUUUCCGCCGACGGCCAAGGAGGAGAAGAGGGACAAAACAAAAAUCAGAGAAGAGUCACCCGCGAAGAAGCGGAAGAAUGGUGUCGGCAGAAUAAUGUAAUCCGCUACAUCGAGACGAGCGCGAAAUCAGGCGAGGGGGUUGAACGGGCCUUUCUCGAGGUCGCGGAGAGGAUAUAUCGAAAUAUCGAAGCGGGGAGAUAUGAUUUGAACGAUCGCCGAAGUGGCGUGAAGGGGUAUGGUGCGUCGAAUGGAGGGAUGAGUACGAUGCCGCCGAGGACGAUUACGUUGGGAUUGAAUGAUGCUAUGGAUCGGGGUGGGAAGGGUUGGAGUGGUGGGUGUUGCUAA